CUCCCCCUCCCUCAGCCCCUCCCACCUCGGUGGUCACAUGGGGGCACUGCCGGGUUUAAGCCUAAUCUGCCCUGUGCUCAGCAUUGCGUCUGACUGUGGGAUGGGCGAGCUGAGCUGGUUUCUGGGGCCCUGGAAAAGGGCCUGGAGGGGGGUCCCCACAGCUUCCCCCCCAUGAGUUUGGGGCUGGAGGAACCGUUGGAGGCCCAGCUGGCACUGGAGACCAUUAUCCAGACCUUGGAGAGCAGCGUCCUGAGAGCAGGCCAGGAGAAGGGCCUGAGCGAGCAGGACCCGGCCCAGGACUCUCCCAGGACCGCUGGCCUGCCUGCCCGCAUCCGGGAGAUUGUCACCCGCAACCUCUCCCAGCCUGAGAGCCAAGCCCCGCUGCCAGCCCCAGAGAUGGCAUCAGUGCUGUCACUGCAGGAGGAGAACCAGCUGCUGCAGCAGGAGCUGUCCCGCGUGGAGGACCUGCUGGCCCAGAGCCGCGCGGAGCGUGAUGAGCUGGCCAUCAAGUACACCGCGGUCAGCGAGAGGCUGGAGCAGGCUGUGCGGCUGGAGUCUGGGGAGCUGGAAACGCCCGAGCCCAGGGGGCUGGUACGGCAGAGCGUGGAGCUGCGGAGGCAGCUGCAGGAGGAGCAGGCCUCCUACCGGCGCAAGCUGCAGGCCUACCAGGAAGGCCAGCAGCGGCAGGCCCAGCUGGUGCAGCGGCUGCAGGCCAAGACCCUCCAGUACAAGAAGAAGUGCUCGGAGCUGGAGCAGCAGCUGGUGGAGAGAUCCGCAGAGCUGGAGCAGCAGCGGCUGAGGGACACGGAGCACAGCCACGACCUGGAGAGCGCCCUCGUCCGCCUGGAGGAGGAGCAGCAGAGGAGUGCCAGCCUGGCCCAGGUGAACUCCAUGCUCCGAGAGCAGCUUGACCAGGCGAGCUCGGCCAACCAGGCUCUGAGUGAGGACAUACGCAAGGUGACUACCGACUGGACACGCUGCUGUAAGGAGCUGGAGCAGCGGGAGGCGGCGUGGAGGCGUGAGGAGGAGUCCUUCAACACCUACUUCAGCAAUGAGCACAGCCGCCUGCUCCUGCUCUGGAGGCAGGUUGUGGGGGUCCGUCGGCUAGUCAGCGAAGUGAAGAUGUCCACCGAGAGGGACCUGCUGCAUUUGGGAGGGGAACUGGCCCGGACCUCGAGGGCCAUCCAGGAGGCGGACCUGGGGCUGAGCGCCGGCCUGCGGCUGGCUGAGAGCCGGGCCGAAGCGGCCCUGGAGAAGCAGGCGCUGCUGCAGACGCAGCUGGAGGAGCAGCUGCGGGACAGGGUGCUCCAGGAGAAGGACCUGGCCCAGCUGCAGGCGCAGAGCAACCUGGACAAGGCCAAUCUCAGUGCCAGAGUGACAGAGCUGGCCCUGACAGUGGAGCGCCUUCAGAACCAGAAUCUGGAGAAGGAUCGGGUCAACAAGGCCCUGACCGAGAAGCUCGAGGCCCUGGAAUCCCUGCGGCUCCAGGAGCAGGUGGCCCUGGAGACAGAAGACGGAGAGGGGCUGCAGCAGACCCUGAGGGACCUGGCACAGGCCGUCCUGUCGGACAUGGAGAGCGGUGUCCAGCUGAGCGGCUCCGAGCGCAUGGCGGACGCAUCGGACGGCAGCCUGCGGGGGCUCUCAGGCCCCCGGACCCCCUCCCCGCCGCGGCGCUCCUCGCCCGGCCGCGGCCGAUCCCCGCGCCGAGGCCCAUCGCCCGCCUGCUCCGACUCCUCCACGCUCGCCCUGAUCCACUCGGCCCUGCACAAGCGCCAGCUGCAGGUGCAGGACAUGCGUGGGCGCUAUGAGGCCAGCCAGGACCUCCUGGGCGCCCUGCGGAAGCAGCUCAGUGACAGCGAGGCUGAGCGCCGUGGCCUGGAGGAACAGCUGCAGCGUCUUCGGGACAAGACCAGCGGGGUCACCCAGGCUCACGAGGAUGCCCAGCGCGAGGCCCAGCGUCUGCGGAGCACCGUCGACCUUCUGAGCAGGGAGAAGGAUGGCCUGGCCUCCAGCCUGCAGGCGGCCCAGCAGCUGGCCGAGGAGCUGCGGCAGGAGUGCGAGAAGCUGCAGACGGCUCAGGGGGAGCUGCGGCGCCAGCGGGACCGGCUCGAGGAGGAGCGGGAGGACACGGCGCAGGACCGCGCGCGGACUCGCAGGGAGCUGGAGCGCAGCCACAGGCAGCUAGAGCAGCUGGAAGCAAAGCGCUCGGGGCUGGCCAAGGAGCUGGUGGACGUGAGGGAGGCGCUGAGCUGUGCCACGCUGCAGCGGGACAUGCUGCAGGCUGAGAAGGCCGAGGUGGCCGAGGCGCUGACCAAGGCAGAGGCCGGCCGUGCGGAUCUCGAGCUCUCGGUGACCAAGCUGAGAGUGGAGGAAGCCUCUCUGCGCGACUCCUUGUCCAAGCUGAGCGCCCUCAACGAGAGCCUCGCGCAGGACAAGCUGGGUCUGAACCGCCUUGUCGCCCAGCUAGAAGAGGAGAAGGCAGCCCUGCUGGGCCGCCAGCGGCAGGUGGAGCAGGAGGCCUCCUUGGCGCGGGAGGAGCGGGAGCGGCUGGAGCAGCUGCGGCUGGAGCAGGAGGUGGAACAGCAGGGCCUGGAGGGCUCCCUGCGCGUGGCAGAGCAGGCCCGGGAGGCCCUGGAGUUCCAGCUUCCCACGCUGCGCCAGGAGCGCUGCCGGCUGCAGGAACAGCUGGCCCAGCUCUCCCGGCAGCUGAGCGGGCGGGAACAGGAGCUGGAACAGGCACGGAGGGAGACGCAGCGGCAGGUGGAGGCGCUCGAGCGGGCAGCCCGGGAGAAGGAGGCGCUGGCCAAGGAGCGGGCCGGCCUGGCGGUGCAGCUGGCGGCAGCUGAGCGAGAAGGCCGGACCCUCUCAGAGGAGGCCACUCGCUUACGCCUGGAGAAGGAAGCCCUGGAGAGCAGCCUGUUUGAGGUGCAGCGGCAGCUGGCGCAGCUCGAGGCCCGCCGAGAGCAGCUGGAAGCCGACGGGCAGACCCUGCUGCUGGCCAAGGAAGCCCUGACUGGGGAGCUGGCAGGCCUACGGCAACAGAUGACAACUUUAGAGGAGAAGGCAGCUCUGGACAAGGAGCUGAUGGCCCAGAAGCUGGUGCAGGCUGAGCGGGAGGCCCAGGCCUCUCUGCGGGAGCAGCGGGCAGCCCACGAGGAGGACUUGGAACGACUCCAGCGAGAGAAGGAGGCGGCCUGGCGGGAGCUGGAGGCCGAGCGGGCCCAGCUGCAGAGUCAGCUGCAGCGGGAGCGGGAGGAGCUGCUGGCGCGGCUGGAGGCCGAGAAGGAAGAGCUGAGUGAAGAGAUCGCCGCGCUGCAGCAGGAGCGGGAUGAGGGCCUUCUCCUGGCCGAGAGCGAGAAGCAGCAGGCCCUGUCCCUGAAGGAGUCGGAGAAGACGGCACUGUCAGAGAAGUUGAUGGGCACACAGCACAGCCUGGCCGCCAUCUCCCUGGAGAUGGAACGGCAGAAGAGAGACUCUCAGAGCCGGCAGGAGCAGGACCGGAGCACCGUGAAUGCCCUGACGUCUGAGCUGCGGGAUCUACGGGCCCAGCUUGAGGAGGCUGCCGCCGCCCACGCCCAGGAGGUGAAGAGGCUGCAGGAACAGGCCCGAAACCUGGACAGGCAGCGGGAAUCCUCUGCUCGUGAGGCAGAAGAGCUUCGGACGCAGCUGCGCCUGCUGGAGGAUGCCCGGGACGGGCUGCGGCGGGAGCUGCUGGAGGCCCAGCGCAAGGUGCGCGAGGGUCAGGAUGGCCGCGAGGCCCAGCGCCAGGAGGCCAGCGAGCUGCGGCGCAGCCUGAGUGAGGGUGUCCAGGAGCGCGAGGCCCUGCGGCGGUCCAACGAGGAGCUGCGGGCAGCCGUGAAGAAGGCUGAAAGCGAACGGAUCAGCCUGAAGCUUGCCAACGAGGACAAGGAGCAGAAGCUGGCGCUCCUCGCAGAGGCGCGGGUGGCCGUGGGCAAGGAGGCCGAGGAGCUGCGGGCCGGGCUGCAGGAGGUGGAGCGCGCCCGGCUGGAGGCCCGCAGGGAGCUGCAGGAGCUCCGGCGGCAGAUGAAGAUGCUGGACACUGAGAACGCCAGGCUGGGCCGGGAGCUGGUGGAGUUGCAGGGCCGCCUGACACUGGGCGAGCGGGCGGAAAAGGAGGGCCGGCGGGAGGCCCUGGGCCUCCGACAGAAGCUGCUGAAGGGCGAGGCCAGCUUGGAGGCCAUGCGGCAGGAGCUCCAGGGGGCCCAGAGGAAGCUGCAGGAGCAAGAGGGCGAGUUCCGGGCCCGCGAGCGAGGCCUGCUGGGCUCCCUGGAGGAGGUGCGCGGCGCGGAGAAGCAGCAGCUGGACCACUCCCGCAGCCUGGAGCUCAAGCUGGAGGCGGCGCGGGUCGAGGCCGCGGAGCUGGGGCUGCGGCUGAGCGCGGCCGAGGGCCGGGCGCAAGGCCUGGAGGCCGAGCUGGCCCGCGUGGAGGCGCAGCGGCGCGCGGCCGAGGCACAGCUGGGCGGCCUGCGCUCAGCUCUGCGCCGGGGCCUCGGGCUCGGGCGCUCCCCUAGCCCGGCCCCGCUGCCCUCGCCCGGCUCCCCAGCCCGGAACGCGCCAACCGGAGGAAGCGGUGAAGGGCUCAGCAGCCCCAGCCUGUUGGAACGCAGCCCUGGGUCUGAGCCACCAUCCCCAGGACCUGCCAUCUCCCCAGUAUCUCCAGACCUAGACCCGGAGGUGGUGCGGGGGGCCCUCCGGGAAUUCCUGCAGGAGCUGCGGAGUGCCCAGAGACAACGGGAUGAGCUUCGGGCCCAGAUGAGCACCCUGAGUCGCCAGUUGGCCGAGCUGGAGGCCGAGAGGGACAAUGCAAUGUCACGGGUGAGGCAGCUGCAGAAGGCCGUGGCCGAGAGUGAAGAAGCCCGGCGUGGCGUGGAUGGACGGCUGAGCGGGGCGCAGGCCCAGCUGGCACAGCAGGAAGAGAGCGUGCGGCGCAGCGAGCGGGAGCGCCGGGCUGCCCUGGACCAGCUGGCCACCCUAGAGAGGACCCUGCAGGCCACGGAGAGCGAGCUCCGGGCCAGCCAGGAGAAGAUCAGCAAGAUGAAGGCCAAUGAGGUGAAGCUGGAGAGCGACAAGCGGCGGCUGAAGGAGGUGCUGGAUGCCUCCGAGAGCCGCACGGUCAAGCUGGAGCUGCAGCGGCGCUCGCUCGAGGGGGAGCUGCAGCGCAGUCGCCUGGGCCUGAGUGACCGUGAGGCCCAGGCCCAGGCCCUCCAGGACCGGGUGGACUCCCUGCAGAGACAGGUGGCGGACAGUGAGGUGAAGGCAGGGACCCUGCAGCUGACCGUGGAACGGCUCAGUGGGGCCCUGGUCAAGGUGGAAGAGAGCGAGGGGGCCUUGCGGGACAAGGUGCAGGGCCUGACCGAAGCCCUGGCCCAGAAUAGCGCCAGCCUCGCCAGCACCCAGGACAAGAACCUGCACCUGCAGAAGGCCCUCGCCGCCUGUGAACAUGACCGCCAUGUGCUCCAAGAAAGGCUGGAGGCCGCUCGGCAGGCAUUAUCCGAGGCGCGGAAGCAGAGCAGCUCCCUGGGCGAGCAGGUGCAGACGAUGCGCGGCGAGCUGGCGGACCUGGAGCUGCAGCGGGCGGAGGCCGAGGGCCAGCUACAGCAGCUUCAGGAGGUGCUGCGGCAGCGCCAGGAGGGGGAGACUGCGGCUCAGCACACGGUCCAGAAGCUGCGGGACGAGCGGCGGCUGCUGCAGGAGCGCCUGGACAGCCUCCAGGGCGCCGUCGCCCAGCUGGAGGCCGAGAAGCGGGAGGUGGAGCGGUCUGCACUGCGGCUGGAGAAGGACCGGGUGGCCCUCAAGAGGAUGCUGGACAAGGUCGAGCGCGAGAAGCUCCGCAGCCACGAGGACACAGUGCGGCUGAAUGCAGAGAGGGGCCGCCUGGACCGCACGCUCACGGGGGCCGAGCUGGAGCUGGCUGAGGCCCAGAGGCAGAUCCAGAUGCUGGAGGCCCAGGUGGUGGCGCUGGAGCAGGACCAAAGCCCCGGCCGGCUGGAGGACGACGAGCUGCAGCAGGAGCUGGAGCGCCUGCGCAGUGCCCAGGUGCAGACGGAGCGCGCGCUGGAGGCUCGGGAGCGCGCCCACCGGCAGCGCGUGCGCGGGCUGGAAGAGCAGGUGUCCGCACUGAAGGGACAGCUGCAACAGGAGCUUCGGAGGAGCUCAGCAGCCUUCUCCCCCAUGUCCGGCCCCGCAGGGGAAUGAGCCCCUUCCUGGCUGGCAUCCUGGGGAGCAGCUGCGGCUGGGUAGGACAGCAGCCCCCUGUCCGCAUGGUCUGCCCAGGCCCUGGCCUGUCCGGGCCACCAGAGCUCGGCUGGAGGAGGGGAGGAGCUGGGUGGCAGCGCCAAGGGCUGAGGGCCGGGGACGCCAGCAGCCUCUUGGCAUCAUCCGUGGGCCCCACCUCAGUCCAGUCCCUCCCUGGGAUGAGCCUCCAGGUCCCAUGAGAGCCUCCUUGAGUGACUGAGCCAAAGCCGGGGUCAGGGAGACCCCCCUUGCCUCUGGCUGGCCCUGGAGCAUGGGCUCAAUGGGAAAGAGGAGGGGAGCCUGGGAGUCAGAGACCCAGGCCUUCCCCCGGCUUUCCAGAGCUCUCUCCGCCUUAGUUCAGAGUGUUUGUCAGGAAAUUCCUCAGAGUUCAGAGUCCCUGUAUUUUUAUACCUUUUUACAGUGUUAACGGUUCAGAGCUGUUGUGUUUUUUGUAGCAAGGAGACCUCAUUUUCUAAAAACGGUUUGUACAGA